CUGCACUCGUCGCGGUCCUUGCUUAAGUAAGACGUCGACUCCAACCAGCAGCAACCAGAGUCGCUCGCAAUCGUAAAAGUCAACUCAUUCCCUAGCCCAGUUAUGUGCAGACCGCGUCUAUGCACUUUGGUGCUAAUCGCGGCAUCUUGUUACGCCCUCGCCAUCAGCGGCAAUGCCAAGGCCAUGCAGGGCACAAACAAACUGGAUUUGCCAAAUCGUAUCAGUGGAGAGGGAAGGGGAUCAUCGUUCGGUACGCCGGCAACAGGAGCACGAGCAGGAGCAGGAGCAGGAGCCCUAGUGCCACAAUCUAAGGAAACUCGCCAGAAACGGGCCAUGGGCGAGUACAAGGAGUUAGUUGACAUUAUUGACGAGCUGGAGGAAAAUAGUUUGGCUCAGAAGACUCAGAGUGUGGCGGUGCCUCCGCCGCAAACACAGGAAUUUGACUUGGAUACCAUGCCGCCAUUGACCUACUACCUGCUGUUGCAAAAGCUCAGGCAAUUGCAAAGCAACGGCGAACCCGCUUAUCGCGUGCGCACGCCACGCCUUGGCCGUAGCAUUGACUUUCAACAAUUGCUUGGCGAGGGAGGUGGUGCGGGAGCGGAUGAGGCCAGCGGUGGCCAGUUCAUGUCGCGCAUGAUAAAGAAAUCGGUGCCAUUCAAGCCUCGCCUGGGCAAACGUGCUCUAAUGUGCGGCGAGGACUGAGUCACGGCAAGGACACGACCACGAGCCGACAAGCCCUAGGACAAGGUUGAGGACACUUGGUCAUUAAGUUAUCCAUUCGGCUCUGACCCCCAACUCGACCCCGCUCCCACCCAUUGCCUAACGAAGCUACGCAUAUGCUUUUUCUAUAUCUAGUUAUAAUCAUAUUUUUUAGAGGAUCUAAGCAUGUACAUAAACAACCACUAUUCAUAUGUAUACUUACAUACGAGCAUACAAACAAACUUACUUGUAGAUAUAUGAAUAUUUGAACAUACUCUGUAGCCCCAGAUAUUGAACACGCAAACCAAAUAAACAAAAUGGCAAAGAUUA